AUGUCUCUCGCCCAACACGUAACCCAGACUGAGGGCUUCGACUAUGAGGGCCCAGCGAAUCCCAACUAUGAAGGUCCGAGUCAUCCGAAUGUUUCUACUGGCUUUGGGACGGGAAAUUCUCUUGCUCCUGGAGAUGAAUGCGAUCAAAGCGGUGAUCGAUCAGAAUGGCGACGAUUGAGUUUUGCGCCUGUUGAGGUUGCUAAGAAAUUGCCCAACAUCGCGGCCUACAAAGUCUCCAACCUCAAGCGCUACAUUCAAGUCGCCACUGGUAUAAUCGCUUGUUGGUUUGCAGCAGGUAUUGUCUUUGGCUUCGCUGCCCUCAAGCCAAUUCUCGUCAAAGAGGGCAUCUACUCCGAACUCUGCCCAGUGGUGGACUACAGGAUCCCAUGCGCCGAUCAGGACAUGCGCUUGAAUCUUUUGUUCAUCUCGGCUUCAAUCUCCGCCAAUGUUUCUUCUCUUUUGGCUGGCGCCGUCCUUGAUCGCUUCGGUCGACGAGUAUGCUGGCUGGUGUCAAGUGCUCUGCUCACCCUCGGUUCCUUGAUGAUGGCCAUCUCAUUCUCGCACCCCGGCUUCCACGGAUACCUCAUCGGUAACAUCCUUCUCGCUUUCGGUGGUACAUUUAUCUUCGUCUCUAGUUACCAACUCGCGAACGCGUUUCCGAAAUAUUCUGGACUAAUCGUCGCGCUCGUCACCGGCGCAUUUGAUGCCUCGGCUGCAGUGUUUUUGUUCUAUCGUAUGGCUUAUGAAGCCUCCGGCGGAUCAUUCUCACUCCACAGAUUCUUCUAUGGCUACAUCUCCGUCCCGGUAGCCAUUUUCGUCGCUGAAUUUCUGUGGAUGCCAGCGCACUCGUACCAUACCUUUCCGCAACUCGAGAAGAAGAUUGAGUACGCCCAAGACCGCACUCACGAUCUUCACGAAUCGGACAUAGACUUCGAAAAUGCAAAUGAACUUGCUCGCGUUCGAAGUGCCCGAGCCGGCCACAGAAAAGCCAAGCUUGUCAAGAUCGAGGAACUCGCUGGUGAUAGACAAGAACGAGGCGAACGCGUCAAAGAAGAGGAAGGCCGUCAAGAAGCUAGCGGGGUUUGGGGUGUUCUCCACGGAAUGCCAGCUCACAAGCAGAUGAUGACGCCUUGGUUCAUCCUCAUUCUGGUUUUGACCAUCCUCCAGAUGAUUCGAAUGAACUACUUCAUCGCUGGUGUCAGAUCGCAAUAUCGAUACAUGUUGGGCUCCGACAAAGCCGCCGAGCGCAUCAAUGAGUUCUUCGAUGCUGCUCUGCCCAUUGGAGGCGUUGCUGCGACGCCAUUCAUUGGGAUCUUGCUCAAUAACCUGAGUGUUCCCGCCACCUUUUCCGUUUUGACGGUGUUUAUUAUCGUGAUCGGCGUCCUGAACUGCAUUCCGAACAUGAUAGCUGGAUACUUCACGGUCGUUGCGUUCGUCUUCUUCCGUCCGCUAUAUUAUUCCGCCGUUUCUGACUACGCGACGAAAGUCUUUGGGUUCGCCACGUUCGGGCGCAUUUAUGGAACGGUGACUUGCAUCUCCGGAAUUACGCAGCUCAUCCAGUCCGGACUCGACGCGCUCACUCAUGGUCCACUUCACGAUGACCCAACGCCCGUCAACGCGACCUUGGGGGGCGCUGGAGCCCUGGUCAGUCUUAUUUUGACUAUCUUCAUUACUGUCAAGGGUAGAGUCUUUGUUGAGAAGAAGGUUGAGAUAUGGGCCAACGGUGAAAGAGAACGACUCUUGUCAGAUGCCCGGAAUGGAUAUGGAACGGGUCAUCGAGUUGAAGAAUGA